AUGCAACACCGAGCACCGAGUCCCCCGAGCCCCCUCAGCCCCGCCGGCCCGGCCUGGUCCCCGGUGCUGCUCAGGAGCGGCAGCCGCGCUCCCCCAGCCCUGCCCGCCUCCCCAGGGCCCAGCGGGGUGAACCAGCUCGGGGGGCUCUUCCUGAACGGCCGCCCCCUCCCCACGUGCAAGAGGCAGAGAAUCAUCGCGCUGGCGGCCAGCGGCGCCCGCGGCUCCGACAUCGCCCGCAGCCUCAAGGUGUCCAACGGCUGCGUCAGUAAAAUCCUGGGCCGCUACUACCGGACGGGGGCCGUGGGGCCCAAGGCGGCGGGGGGCUGCAAGCCCCCCCUGGCCACCCCCGCCGUGGUGGCCAGGAUCGCGCGGCUGAAGCUGGAGCAGCCCGGGCUCUUCGCCUGGGAGAUCCGCCGGCAGCUGCACGCCGAGGGGAUCUGCGCCAGCCGCGGCAUCCCCAGCGUCUCCUCCAUCAACCGCCUGCUGCGGACCCUGCCCAGCGACCUCCGCCUGGCGGCCGAGCCCCGGGACCCGCGGCCACGGGCUGAGCCGUGCUGGGCUGCCCCGGAGCCCGGAGCCCUCCUCACCCUUCCCGGCCCCUCCGGGAGCCCCCACCACCGGCUCCGCCUCCAGCUUAUGCCCCCCGGCCCCGCAGUGUCGCCCCCGGCCGCGCCCGCCGGCCCGGCCCCGGGGAGCCCGCAGCCUCGGCAGGGCUGCGCCGCCGGCCCCCGGCUCCCCCCGGGCCCCCUGCUCCCCCCGGGCCCCUGGCUCUCCCCGGGCCCCCGGCGAGGCGGCGGCAGCAGGAGCAGGACCGUGUUCUCCCGGCAGCAGGCGGAGGCGCUGGAGAAAGAGUUCCAGAGGGGACAGUACCCGGACACCGCCACCCGGGAGAGCCUGGCCGCGGCCACCCAGCUCCCGGACACCACCAUCAGGGUCUGGUUCUCGAACCGCCGGGCCAAGUGGCGACGGGAGAACAAGCAGCAGCUGGAGGCCGGCGGCGCAGGCCCCUGGUGCGACUGGAUCUCGCCCGCCCUCGGUGCCACCGCCGCACGGGUAGGACAUGGCCGGUCCCGGGGUGCUGGGGACACCCCACAAGCUCCGGUCCCCUCCGGAGCCCGCGCUGCCUCGGGAGCCGUCCCGGCCCUCUGCCGGUGCCCUCCGGGGUGAGCCGCUCCCGGAGCACCCCGGGGUCCCUGUGACGCGGCGCCCUCUGGUCCCCACGCAGCC